CAAGGAGCGAAUGCUGCUACCCGCCGAUUUCCAGAAUUCAUGAGGAAUAAUUCAGCGAGAAAUGUAACGAUCAAGCAGUCUGCUGCCCUUGCCUGCCAAGAUCCUUGCUUGAUGUGGACGGCGGCGAGAGUUUCUCAAGAUGGACUUCAGCUGAGGAGGAUGGAUAGUGGCCUCAUUACGCUUACUUUCUUCCUGAGACUAUGUUUUAUUAUACAUAUAAAAAUAGAGUGGUCCGUAGCCUUAGCUGAGUCAUCUGCCCUUUCUUCCACGCUUUAA